AUGAGGAACCCCACAAUAGCGUACCCAUUUGCACAAUGCAAGGCGGAACUGAAAGAUAUCACAACAGAACGUCCUUUGAAGAAUUCAACAAGCAAUAAUAUAGUCUCGCCUAUCGCAGUAGAAUCUGCAUCCAGACCUCAUGUCUUCGCGGACAACCGCGCCCGCAAUGCUAAUGAUAAGAAAGACCCAAUCGAAGCUAAACCAAGGCCUUCGCACGGAAUUAUAAGUGAUAGCAAAUCUUCCUCUGCCGACCGCAUCGUCCCCAGGGUCAAACCGAGACCUCCUAACUCCAAGAACGAAGUACCGUAUGAUUUUAUGAUGCGCACCCAGUCUACAAAACACUCAAAUGUGCUGCAAACACGCUCUGGAUCGCAAGUGCCUCGUGUAUCAGAUGGAGAUACUGAAGGAUCCGUAGAAGGUAGUAUUCUAAUAUACCCUCUGGAUGCGCGAUCACGAAUGAAAAUAAGCGAUACACCCCACUGUACAACCUUCAGCCUGGCCAAGGAUUGCACACCCGAAAAUUCUGUGCGACUCAAAUCCGCGCCUGCGGUAACAAAGAGCCCAUCACAUCCAAUACCUCAGCCAAGGCCACAAACUCUCACAUUCCGAGUCGCACAGGAAAAACCAGGCUCUGCAGGCACGUACACGCAGUCUCCCUCCUGCAAAGGGUUACAAAUUGUAAAGUGUAGCAAAUCUGAAGAAGAAAAACCAGGUCCUGCAGGUGCGUACACACAGGUUUCGUCCUCCAGAGGGUUACAAACCCUAAAGUGUAGCAAAUCUGAAGAAGUGCGCGUAGUAUCUGAUGUUAAAGGCUCAUAUACGCGCUCAAAUUCAUGGACUAGGCCACCAGCGCAUUUCGGUCCUACAUCGGGACAUAGUGUGACCACACACUAUCAGAGUGGUCUCACACAUACUUCGUACACCCGCAGAAAUAGCAACCCAUCUCGAUACCUCCAACAUCUGCAAUCCGCACUGGUCCCGAACCACGGAAUAAAUCCUUCCGUAAGUGCGAAUGGUGUCAAGAAUGGCGCAACCCCGAACUACUCGAUAUGCGAUUUUCGCGACGGCAAAAAAUCAUACGGGAGAGACCCAAGAUGGAUUCAACAACGACAGGUAUCAGCCCCAUCCAUCACGCGAUGCCAGACAAUAGGUGCUCAGUAUCAAAGCGAGGGCAGUGCAUUGCGUCAAAUACCACGCAACUGGCCUGAGUCACCAUCCAGUCGCAUCGCCCAACGAUUAGCUGUCACCUCAGCGCUGAAGCGGGAGCUCACGACCACAUCUACGAGCGAACCUAUGAUCAAAUUCGUCGAUAAGGUACCAGGUUCGUCGAUAAAAUCGCAACUGAGAUCAGAGAAUGAGUACCAACAUGGCGAGAAUAGCUAUCAAACUGACGAUGAUAGUUAUCAAAUCGGAGACAAGGGAUAUAAGCCUAAUAAGAUUCUUUAUCCGUCAAGUGGUAAGAAGAAUCAGUCUGAAGUGUUUGCCUCCGCGGGAUGUCGUGCAAUGAAUGACCGUCGAGGCUGCGGUAACCAUACCAACGGGCUUUUCAGGCGCGAGUCAAAACCACACAUGCGGAGUUCAGCGGGGCAGAAUAGUUCUUUAAUCGACCUUUCCGAAUUGAGAGAUGUACUGUCACCGCUUAAUGCAGCAGACAGAGAUCUGACGCGAAGCAUGGGUAGCAUACUAGACAGAAAGAAUCAUAGUGUGUACACAGCUCCUACAAGGUCCACCAUGGCAACAACUAGGCAGACUCGCCAACAUGCAGCACAACUGAAAGCAAAAUCAGAUGCACAGUACAAACCAGAUAAGCAGCCCAAAUACGAACAAGCUACAGGGUAUGCUCGACCAAUGUAUGCGAUGAAUGGAAAUGCAUCAAUUCUGACGAAAAGGUCCCGAUCGCGCUCGGUCGACGGGCACUUUGUUUCGAAUACACACAGACUGGGCUCACAGCCACAGACCGUAAAUAUGAACUAUACAACGGUGCCUUUGACGAAUGCAUCACCUAUAAAGGCACGCAACAAACUAUCCCUAAGCGCCACUGGGACAGAUAUUGUGAACGGUCAGGAUAAGUUAUCGAUGUCAAAGUUCACUUCGUGGAAAUAG